GCUAAAUAACUAUUUAGCCAUGAGUUCUGACUGAAUAAAUAGUAAAUAACAAUUAACGAUACAAUAUAUGAUACUAUGAUAGUAGUUUUUUAACUCUUUUUCUUUCUUUUUUUUUGAAUAAAUAAAUAAAAAUAUUAAUUACUAGUUGGAUACUAUUUGAAAUUUAAUUUACAAUGUUGUAUUUAGAAGAUUACCUCGAAAAUAUCGAGCACUUGCCACAAGAGAUGAGAAAUCGCUUUACAAAAAUGAGAGAAAUGGACUUACAAGUCGAAAAUUCUAUGGAUUGUAUAAAAAAAAAUGUGGAUACUUUGUUUUUAAAAGCAGAAAAUAUGAAUCCAGAUGAAUUAGAAACUAAUUUUAAAGCAAUCAUGAGAGAAGGAGAAAAAUCUGUAGAACAAUCUGAGGAAAAAGUUCAAUUAGCCAAUCAUAUGCAUGAACUUAUGUCAAAAUAUUUAAGACGAUUAGAUCAUGAAUUACACAAAUUUAAAAUGGAACUGGAAGCUGAUAAUAGUGGUAUCACUGGACUUAUUGAAAAAAGAAGUUUGGAUUCAGAACAAAGUAAUAUUAGUAUUCCCAAUCAAAAGGAAAAUAAGUAUCACUUAAAUAGAUGUCUUUUUAGUGACAAACAAGAACCAUUAAGUAAUGUUAGCACUUCCAAACAAAAAUCAACAUCUAUAGCUUCAAAUUCUACUAGUAGUGGUGAUGUAGCAUCACCUUCACGUCGUGAUACAAGUCCUGCAAACUCUCGAACUGUUCCAUCUUCCUUAUCAUACACAUUGGGACAUAUGGGUGCUGGAAGCCCUGCAAUUGCAGCAGCUGCAUCCCAAGCUAUUGUUGCUACUCAACAAUUGUCUCAAGGUCGUAGAACAGCUAGCCUAAAAGCAUCUCUUGAAGCAAUUAAUUCUGGAGCUAAUUUGACAGGUCAAAUGAGCUCUGCAUCAGGUGUUCUACCAUCGGAAUUACCUAUUAGUAAGGAAUUAGCGGGUGUUGCACAUUUAGUCAAUCCUAAUAUGGACGGAACUAGAAAACAUAGAAGGCGAGGAGGUAAUCAAAAUUCACAGAUGUCCACUGAAGAAGAUAUGGAUGAACCAAUUGAUCCUAAUGAACCUCGUUAUUGUAUAUGUAACCAAGUUGCCUAUGGUACAAUGGUAGCUUGUGAUAAUAAAGGGUGUCCAUAUGAAUGGUAUCAUUGUGAAUGUGUUGGUAUAACAGAUCCACCAAAAGGGAAAUGGUAUUGUCCUCAAUGUAUUACAACAAUGAAAAGUCGUAGAUCACGUAAAACCACAUGAAUGGCUAUGCAUUUACCUACAUCUACUAAUGUGUACUUAAUUACUUAUUUAUAUAUUUUUUUAGCACUUGAUAUUAUUGAACCCAAUAUUUUUUUACAAAAAAAAAAAAAAAAAAAUAGAUAACGAAUACAAAAUGUAAAUUUACAAAACAUUCUUAAGGACUUUUCUUGGUUGUUUUAUUAUUAUAUUAUGAAUAUAUUAAAUAAAUUAUUUUUUUUAAAAAAAAAAAAAGUAGUACAAAUAUUUACUCUUUACAGUUUUUUAUGAAUUAGAAACAAAAAAUCUUAGUGAAAUAUACUCUAUUUUAAUUUUUUAUAUAAAUUGGCUAUAAUUUAAUUUAAUUUUAGUGGAAGUAAUCAUUUAGUCUUUAGAAUUCUCAUACUAUGAAUUGGUUAAACGCAUAUAUAUGUAAUGAUUAAUUUCUGCUGACUGCUAGUUAAUACUCCUGGACCUCCAUCAGUUUUAUACAUGAGAAAUCUGACCAUGCUAACAUGAGUAUAACAAUUCUUAAGAUAUGGCUCCAUAAAAUUACUUUAAAUUAUACUAAAUAAAUUGUGUAUAAUGUGUAUGUUGUAUCUAUAAUUACAAUUCAAUUUCCAAAUUCAUGUAAAAUUCUGUUUUUGAGAUGGGAUAAUCUAAUUUAAAUUAAUAAAGUGAUUACUGAUUAGUUAAAAUAAUUAUUUUGAUUUCUCAUUAAUUUUAUUAAUAAAUUUUAAUAUAUGAUUUGCAAAUACAGUAAAAUUUUGGUAAUCCGACCAUUCAAUAAUCUGGUACGGCCAGUAAUCCGGCUAUUGGUACUUAAACAACUACAAGAAAAAAUCUUAAGGGGAUUGGUGACGGUGAUAUCCUGUCUUUGUCUAACACAUGAACAACAUACAACUUCAGACAUGUUUUUUGUCUAACGUACCAAUUGAUAUAGUAAAGCAUUAAGAAUUCUGAAAACAAUUUUAAAAUUUCUGAAUUUGUCGUCAAGUCUACCCGAGAACAGCCAGUCUACAUUUUUGAUAUUAUAAUAUAACUUUUUAAACGAUUGAAAUAUGACAAUUUUUUAAUUACCCGUUUGUAAUAUAUUGAUUUAAGGAUUUUGGUAGAUAAUAUCAAAAAUGUGGACUGACCGUUCAAAGUUCAAGUAGACUUGACAACAAAUUCAAAUCUAUUUUCAGAAUUCUCAUCGCUUUACUGUAUCAAUCGGUACGUUGGACAAAAAACACGUCUGAAUUCUUAUGUUGUACGUGUGUUAGAUAAAGACAGGCAAUCACCGUCAUGAAUCCCUUUAAAAGCAUCAUUUUCAACAAAAUAAAAAAUAAAAACAAAUUAAUAAUUUUUAUAAACCUGUCCCACCAAAAGAUUAAUUAUUAAACAUAGUAUGUAUGUAUGUAUUAUAUAUAUGUUAUAAUUAAAUACAAUAAGGUAUAAGGUUAUUCAUUUUUGAAUAUGUGGAAAAUGUAAAAUUUAAUAAGUGUUUGUGAACCCUCAUCAAUCCACCUUUUUUAUUAAUACGACAGUAACAUGGUUUGAUUUCUUUCGGAUUACUGAGAUUCUACUGUAUCAAUACUGAGCACACUCUUAAUGUAUUUUUAAAUAAUAUUUCUCAUUCAUAACAUUUAAUUUAUAAAUAAGAAAUAUUACAAAUAAGGAACACAUUUACUGGAUUUUUUUUACUUUAAGUAUAUUAAGUUACACUUAAGUCAUAACACAUUAAAUUGUUAACUUUAAAAUAAAAAAAUCUGUCGAAAUA